AUUCUACACACACACACACACACGCAUACACGCACUUAGAAGAGGCAGACAGGAAGACGGAGCAACAACACACACCCACAUUCAGCAUCCUUUCGGAGCAGCUUAGCAUCAGCAUCCAAGACUGUCCACCUCUGUCAGAUCGGCAGCAUGGCUGAGGGUUCGGGUGAAAUAUCGCUGGGAGAGGUUGAGAUGGCAUUUCGUAAAUUUGCAGUUCAUGGAGACACCAAAGCGACGGGGAAGGAAAUGAACGGGAAAAACUUUGUUAAGCUGUGUAAAGACUGUAAGGUCAUCGAUGGGAAAAAUGUCACCAGCACAGACGUAGACAUCAUCUUCAGCAAAGUCAAGGUUAAAUCAGCACGUGUCAUCACAUUUGAGCAGUUCACUCAAGCCAUGGGCGAACUGGCUACGAAACGUUUUAAAGGGAAGAGCCAGGAGGAGGCAGUGCAGCUCCUCUAUGGCCUCAUUGCUGGCAAAGAACCAACCAACAUUGGUGUCACUAAAGUGGCAAAAGCCUCAGCCGUGGAUAGGUUAACAGACACCAGCAAGUACACCGGGUCUCAUAAGGAGCGUUUUGAUGAAUCUGGAAAGGGAAAAGGCCGCGAGGGAAGGGCGGACAUCCCUGACACCAGUGGAUACGUCUCUGCAUACAAAGGCCAAGGCAGCUAUGACAGCAAAGUAAAAGAGGACGAAUGAAUGGAUGAAAGGGGAGGAAUGCUUAAUGCAUGACAUAAUGUGUACGUCUGAAGUCUUCCUGCUUUAAUUUCGGCUGCUAGGUCUUGGCUUGCCUGCAAAAGCAAACCCCUGGCAAAAAUCUUGCUCAAUAACUGUAAUCUUUUUUUCACUUUUAUAUCUGCAAUUACUUUUCAAAUAUAAUAUGCUGCUGUUAUAAAUUAUAAAUACCCUUUCGUUUGUUAUGACACUGGAUCUUUUCGCCAUGUAGCAACUUGUCUUUCUGUCCAAACAUGCUAGCUGCUACCUCAAAAACACUGAUUUAGGUAUGAUGGAAUAUAACUGAUAUAAAUACAUACCUUGAAUGCAAGUCACUUUAAAAGAAAACUGUCAAAUGUGUAAAUUAGUUAAAUAUGCAAAACAAAAACAUUCCGUUGAAUAUAAAAAAAACAGAGUUGUUAGGGGGUUUUACAGUACAUUCUGUCAUCAUGUUAGUGAUUUUUCACGUGGUAGCAAGCAGUAGGGCUGCACGAUUCUGACUAAAAUGAGAUUCGAUCACGAUUUUUUUAGCUUAAAAUCAAGAUCACAAUUUUCUCACAAUUCUGUAGAUAAAGGCUAAUAUGAGUAUGCUAUUAUUAUUAUUUUAUCUCAAAUAUAUGGUGAAACAACAACAAAUAAUAUUAGGCUUGUGUGUAGGUUUGCUGUUGGAUAAAAUACUAAAACUUGUAUAGACAUGCGAUGGUGGAUUGAAUAGACUUUAAAUUUGUCCUGUUUGUUAAUUUACAGUAAAGUGAUGACAUCAGAAUACAAAUUUUUAUAAUUCUAAAGUUUAAAUAUUAGGUUUGAGACAUAUGCUUGUCAUUUGUCAUGGACAACUAUAUUAGACAUUUUUUUACUGGUAAAAUGAGACAUUUGUCAUUAUCAAAUUCCCUCUUGCAUUUUAUUCAACAUUAUAGCUUCUAGAGCACUUGUAAUGACACUGUAAAACAUUUAUUCUCAUGCACAACACUUUGUGUUUGCUAUGAAAGAAAAAACACACCAAAUGCUUGUCGUAAUCAUAACUAAAAUGUAAUAUAUAGUUAAAUGAUGUGUGCAGUUUUUGUUUUUAAUUUCACCGCUGAGUGCAGCUAAUGUCAUGGCUGCCGUCGCAUACUGAUUUUUAGUGCAUUUCACAUGGCUGUUAUCAAGAUUUAUUGUAUAAGGCAUUAACUCUUACGGUUGAUGGGAUCUGGUCUCAAAAAUCAGUAUGCGAGAAGUACCUGUAUGACCUGCUUCUUCCAGCGAGAUUUUGAAGUGCGCAUCGUAUGGACGCUACGCUAUCCCAUGAUGCCCUGUGAGAGAAUUCAUAAACGGGAGUGAAGCGACACAACUCAAUGUGUCGAUGACAAAAUGGCAGAUGUAGUACAUCCGAGUUUCAUUCAUACUGCUCACAUUCAUACUGUAUAGAACGUACUUUUCUAAUGGCCGAGUAGUUCAUUUAAAUUCAAAUGCACCUACUGAGUACUAGGCAUUUUCAGACGCAUCUCGUGUGACCCUUUUAAAACCAUUUGGAGGUGUCCACAUUGCUGGAAAAAGUAUAUAAAACAGUGUGAAGACUUGUGUGACCUCCUUUAUGCUUCUCCCGUACUUUAAAAUAUAAUUGGCUGAAUCGCUGCUGAAUUAAGAUUGUGUGAGGGGGUCAAAUCGAGAUCACAAUCUUUUUUAGAUUAAUCGUGCAGCCCUAACAAGCUGUUGUUUUUUUCCCAUUUGCCUUUCAUAAAAUGUGCAUAAUUUAUAAAUAUAAAUGAACCAAAAAUUAACAGUUAAAGGCAUAUUUCAUCCCAAAAUGAAUUAUUCAGUCUCACGUUGUUCCAAAAAUCUAUUAAACACACACACAAAAAAGAUAUAUCUGAUUCUGCCAAAUGGUCAAUAUAUUAUUAUUGUGAUUUGCACAAAAAUAACAUCAUAUAGGUUUGAAACAAAUUGACAGACAAACAAUUUUGUGUUUAAGAAACGUCUAAUAGACAUUUAAACGUAGACAACUUGGCUAAAACAAGGCUAAACUUGGGCUGUCAGUGAAAAUCUAAUAGAUCUCUAAGAAUAGGCCAAAACAAAUAGAUUUGAUACACUUUUUUUGUGUUGGCUUCUCAUUCUUAGACAUCUAUUAGAUUUUCACUGACAGCCCAAAUUUAGCCAUGUUUUAGCCAAGAUGACCAUGUUUAGACAUCUGUUAGACAUCUUUUAAAAACAAAACAUGCUUGCUUGGACUUUUCAUUUUUGGAAUGAAGUGUCAUUUUAACUGCUUCCUUCUUUCCACAGAGGUUUAUAUACAUGUGCUGGCUAUUUGCUGAGCUUUAUUGUGUGCUUUUUGAGCUUCUUAGCUUUGUUGCACCGAGAUCUCUAUCAGACUGAACUGAGUCAAAUAAAGUCCAAUAAUGAA